AUGAGAUACAAGUCAUGUGCCUCUUGUACAUAUUCAGGGGCGCAACUUUUACAGUACAAAGACAAAUGUUCUUACUGUUCACAGACAAUGGCUACUAUAACAGGAAAGAGAAAGUUGCCGGUUUUAAAGAUGUUGGCAAACCUCUUGGUUGUUUCCAUGGUAACGCCAGUGUGCCCAUCCAUCACUAGAUUAGAAGAAGCAGAAGGCUAUAAAUUGCCAUACUACUGCGCUUUUUGUGUAUGUCAAAAUGUUUCCGAUAGAAUAAUUACAAACUGUUCUGGAAAAGGCCUUUUCAAGUUUCCGAAAGAUAUUGAUGCCAGGACGAAAGAAUUUGAUCUUUCGAAUAAUCUUAUAAAAACUAUCAAAUAUUCAUAUCUUGCCCAUCUCUACAGUCUAGUUGUAUUAGAUUUAUCUAAAAACACGAUAUCAAAUAUUGAAAUAGGCGCUUUUCGUGACUUAUCAAAUCUUACACACUUGUUUUUACAUGGGCAGAUUACUAAAACCCGUCUUGUUAUUCUUCAAAACGUUCUAAAACCUGGAGUAUUUGAUGGUUUAAUUAGUCUGAAAGUUCUUCAUGUGCACGACUUCUUGCAACAACCUACUGAGGCACAUACCUCUGUAAUACCUACAAAUGCUUUGAAAGUAUUGACAACAUUAGAAGAACUUCACAUUGAUGGAGUUCUUAAUGUAACUUUCAGUGAAGAUUUUAAUCUUCUGAAGAACCUGACAACAGUGGUAAUAUCGGGCUUCGAGGGUAUGUGUGAGAUAGGUCAUCUAGAUAGAAAAUCCUUUGUUGGCUUAGAAAAUGUGCGGAACUUGACUGUUAAUAAAUGUCGCAUUAGAACGUUACAAACUGGAACGUUUUGGUGGACACCAAACCUUUCGUACUUAGAUAUGUCAUGGAACACCGAAUUAGAAAUAAACCAGUUUGGCAGAAUUUUAGAGGAGCUGAAGUACACAAAACUACAUAUUUUGAAAAUUAAUGCCAUUCACAACCCAAAUAGAGCAGGAACUGAAAUACUUAGACCUGACGUAAAAUACUUAAGAGAUAUUGACUUAAUAGAAUUGUAUAUGGACGACAACGGAAUAGAAUUUGUAGAUUAUGGUGUGUUUGAUAUGUUUCCAAAGUCUUUGCAACGGCUAUAUCUAAGACGGAAUAAACUUACCUUUGGACUUUAUAUGUACGAAGCUGUAUUUAAUAACCCUAAUCUGGAAGUUUUGGAUGUCGGAGACCAAGCAGUAGCAUCGAGGUCAGACCGGGCUUUCACUUCUCAAUUUCGAAAAGUAUAUGGACUUGUUAAAAGAGAUACACAUGUACAUCCCUACCAGGUGAAAGUAAUCAAGCAUUUAGUACAUACAGCCAAAAGACAAUUUUAUAGAAAAAAAGAUAUGGAUAGUGGAUUAACGAAAAAACGUGCUCUAAAAAAGCGAUCAAACCCAACACCUGUGCUUAACUUGAAAACAUUGAUCAGUAGCGGAAGUAUGUCAGAUCUAAGACCAUUGGAUUUUAGCGCAACAUUAAAUAAUAUAACAUUCAUAGAUUUAUCAAGAAAUUUUAUACCAUUGCUUGAACCUCAUGCAUUCGACGGUCUUGGCCACUUAAAACAUUUAAACUUGUCCAAUAACUAUAUGGAGAAUGCACACAAAAAUGCAUUUUAUGGACUGUCAUCCGUACAUGUAAUGGAUCUUGAUAAUAAUUUGUUAGGACAUUUGCUAAAAUUAGACAGAAAUGGAAAGUUCUUUUCAUCGUUAGUCAAACUACGAAUCAUCAGUUUAUCCAGAAAUCGUAUAAAUUCCCUUGAUAAAAACGUUUUCAAACAUAAUAGUGAGCUUGAAAUAAUUAAUUUGUCUGAAAACUAUAUCGAAAGUUUAGACAUAGAGUUAUCAGCGCUUUCAAACUUGAGAUAUUUUGACCUUUCAUACAACCGGUUAUACUCUCUACCAUCAUCUGUCUCCUCACAUCUAAGCAAUCUUUCAAAAUAUCAUCCUGUAAAUGUAGAUUUAAGCAAUAACAAUUUGUAUUGUAGCUGUGAUAAUAUUCCAUUCUUAAAAUGGGUGUUUUAUUCGGACGUCAAAUUUCAAAGGAUUGAAAGUUACUAUUGCUCUUUUGACGAUAAAUCUGUAAGAAUAUUCAAUGAAUCGAGGCAUGAGUUAUUGAAUGAACUUGAGGAGAAGUGUAAAUCUUACCUUGCACUUAUCAUAGGGAAUUCAGCUGGGAUCAGUUUUAUUCUAGCAGUUCUAGUUUCAUAUACAGUGUACUAUAAUAGAUGGAAGUUGAGAUAUGUGUAUUAUAUGACUAAAAUAAAGCUGGACAAGAGACAUGGAAACGAGGCAGCCGAGGAGGUUUUUAAUUAUGAUGUCUUUGUUUCUUAUGGCGAUGGGGACAGGGGCUUCGUUACCGUCGAUAUGUUAAAGAACCUAGAAGUUAUUGGAGGGAAAAGAUUGAAUAUAAGAGACAGGGAUUUUGAAUUAGGCGAAGUAAUUGCUGUAAAUAUAUCAAAAGCUAUCCGCACAAGUAAGAAAACAUUCCUUUUGCUGAGCAGGCAUUUUCUUCGCAAUAAAUGGUGUAAUUUCGAAAUGAAUAUGGCGCGAAUGGAAGCAGUACAUAUGAAAAGGGACGUAAUUGUCAUUAUAUUCUUGGAGAAAAUACCACCGAAAGUUUUACCUCUUGAAAUAAUGGAUCUUCUAAGAGAAUGUCCUAAUAUGGACUUACCAAAAGAUGAAGAAUUACGAGUUGCAUUCUGGCAAAAGUGCAUAGACUAUAUUAAUCAUAACUGACAAAAUGACAAAAAUCGUAUACAUAUUAUACUGUCAAAUGUUUUUGUAGCUUGCAGCUUGCUCCCAAGAAUAGUCAAACAUAUUAAUUCGUUACUAGGUCAGACCCUUUAAUUAACAAAUGGUUGUAAAAUAUUGUCUGUGUUGUUUUUUUUGGGUUUUUUUUCAAAUAGUUCAUGUCGUCGUUUUGUAUCAAGUUUGUAAUCGUGUGUAAUGUAAUUUGAACCAAUUAUUUACACAUGUGAAUAGUGCACGGGGAAAGCGAGCUAUUUAUAUUUUUCGUUAUAUUCACGAUUAGACAGCUACUAGUAUGUGGUAAAGAUUAAAUUGAGAAUAUGAUAUUAUAAAAUAUGUUUGAAUAAAAAUUAUCUUUUU